UUUCCUAAAUUUUUGCGAAAUUCAGGUUUUCUUAUUAGUAGAAGACACUUUCUACCAUGCGUAGAACAAAGACAAAAAUGUUUAGAUUUCAUAUUCUGGAAGUUGUAGAAUACAUAAUAAAAGUAGAAGAUGCAUUCUACGGAAAAGUAGUUAUCUUUACAAUUAGUAGAAUUCACAUUCUCCAUAUUUAAAAUUUCAAAUAAAAGUAGAUUGUUGGUUUUAAGAAAAAUAGACGGACUUUUUUAAUCUAGAAUUCACUUUCUACUGAUCCAUUUUCCGUAGAAGAUGAAUUCUACUUUUAGUAGAAGUUAAUUUUAAAAUUUAAUUUAUUAAGUUGUUUAACCAAAAAAAAAAUCAGUUUGUGUAUAUGGGUGUUUUAUUAAUUGUUUCCAUUUUUACAAUUUUUUUUGAUUCAUUUAACUAUUUAUUUCAUUAACUUUUAGAAUUGGAAAAGUUAGAAGAGAGAAAAAGUGGACAAAUUUUUUUUUAUACCAAAGGGACAACCAUGAUGAAUUUUUGUUAUGUUUUGGCAAUAUUUUCUAUAUACUAUAUAUUAAGAUAUUUAUUUGAUUAGCAAGUGAAAAGUUACCUAUGGCGCGUUAACAAAUCAAUAACAUAAUAACAAUAUUUAUAAUUUAGUAUUAGUUAUUAAUCUAAUAUAUUAUUUAUCCUGUAAUAUAUAAGUUAGUUACUAAAAUUUAAAUUAACGAGUAAAAUAAAAAAGUUAGCAUGCAAUAAUCGUUAUUGUAGGCUGUUAAUAAUUGAUGUAUCAUUCAAAAGAUAUAGUAGCUAUUAACAUAGGUAUUAGCUCUUAAAUAUCAUGUAGUACAUAUAAUAAAGAAACAUACAUAUUAACAUAGAUAUAAUAUUUUGUUUUGCACGGUAACAUAUAUUAACUGAUAAUUCUCAUGUUGUUUUUCACUGGAACAUAAAUCAUAUUUGUAUGUGGUAACUAGUUAUCGGCUAUUUAUAAUUGUAACACGUUAAACUUUACUAUUAUGCCUCGAACAGUUUUUUUAAUCAACCAAUUCCUCUAACAGUUUUAAUAGUAAGGAUUUAAAAUUUUAUAUUUUUAAUUAGUUAAUAAUAUUAUUAUUAUUUAACAAAAAAAAAAGUAAAAUAGUUGCUAUCAAAUUUGAAUCAUUGAGUUAGCUUACUUGCCUAAUAUCAUGUAUUUUCAAGAGAAACAGAUGGGUCAUGUCGAUUGGUUUAAUUCGCUGGAUAAAGUCUCUUUUUGCACUUGACUGACAUUUUCGAGACACUAUAUAAGAGUUAGAUUAUAGGUUAUAGGGGUAAAACUGGAAUAUAAAUUAUUUUCUAGUUAUGAGAAGUACUUCUCUAAUUAUGAUCACAUCUAGAGCUAUGGGAGCUAAUUAUCUCAAUAUUUUAAAUAAUAUUUAUUAUUAGUAUAUUUAGUUAAUAUAAUUACUAAAAUACUUUGGUUUUUGGUUCGGUUUGGUUUAAACCAAAUCAACCGAACGAUUUGGUUGAUAAAAUCUAUAACCAAAUGGUUUAGACAUAUGCUUUGGUUUGGUUUGGUUUGGUUCUGUUUUCUUGUCCCCUACUUAAAUGUGACCAUUUUUGCAAGUUUUCUCUUUUUUCAUUCAUUUCUGUUGGUUGCCACAACUUAACCAGUUAACCUACUUCUUAUACAACAAAAUAACCCGGAUCAUUUGCUUCUCGCAUAAUUUUUUUUAAUUUCUUGCAACUGAUCGUCUUUUCGCACAAGUUGCUGUAUAGGAUAAUGAAAUCAACCUUGCUCUCUAAGGGCAAGACAACGUGGCAUGUGAAACGGACAUACCACUUUCUGCCACAUGCAAAUGAAUAGGUCAAAAUCGUGGACUUUGACUUUCCAGCUCUCAAGUCGUCUCCUUCCCUCUAUAAGUAGCUAACAAUAGCUUCUCUCAAUCCCCAGCUCUCAAGGAGUCUCCUUCCAUCUACAAAUAGCUAACAAUAACUUCUCUCAAUCCCACGAUAUCACCAUGAACUAUUGCUCCUUCACUCUCUUCGUAUUUUCCGCCACUAUCUUUCUCCAGAGUUUAAACCCUAGCGGAGCCGCCACAUGUCAUCCUGAUGAUGAGGCGGGUCUUUUAGCUUUCAAAAAGGGUAUAACACGAGAUCCUUCUGGCAUUCUCAGCUCAUGGAAGAAAGGUACUGCUUGCUGCUCCUGGUACGGUAUCGCUUGCGUUAACGGUGACCGUGUCACCAUUCUUUCACUAGUCGGAUUUCCCAAGAAACCCGAACGCUCCCUCUCCGGCACUCUCUCGCCUUCGCUGGCUAAACUCCAGCACCUCGAAGUGAUUAGCUUAGGAGGUCAUGGGAACAUCACUGGAUCUUUUCCGCAGUUCCUUCUCCAAUUACCGAAGCUUAGAUACGUAAACAUCGAGAAUAACCGUCUCUUUGGUCCCCUUCCUUCCGACAUCAGCAUGCUAAGGCAGUUGGAAGAUUUGUUUCUUCAGGGAAAUAAGUUCACCGGUCCAAUACCGAAUUCUAUAUCAAAUCUGUCUCGGUUAUCUGGUCUCUUUAUUGGCGGUAAUCUCCUAACCGGAACUAUACCCUUAGGGGUUGCUAAUCUCAAGCUAAUGCAGAAUCUGAAACUCGGCGGCAACCGCCUCUCCGGCACCAUACCAGAUAUUUUCGAAUCCAUGACGGAGCUCAAAUUUCUCGAUCUCUCCGGCAAUGGAUUCUCCGGAAAACUUCCUCGGUCUAUUGCAUCACUCGGACCGACACUCCUGCUCCUUGACCUGAGCAAAAACAAUCUCUCUGGGACAAUUCCAGAAUAUAUAUCAAGAUUCAACAAGCUCGAAAAGUUGAAUCUCUCCAAGAACCGCUUCUCCGGAGUCGUCCCAAAUGGUUUGGUCAAUCUGACCAAUAUAAACAAUCUUGAUCUCUCUCACAAUCUUUUAAAUGGUCCAUUUCCUGCCUUGAACGUUAACACCAUUGGGUUUCUUGAUCUCUCGUACAACCAGUUUCACCUCAAAACGAUUCCAGAGUGGGUUACCUCAUUACCGAGCAUCUUCUUGUUGAAACUAGCAAAAUGCGGGAUCAAGAUGAGCAUAGAAAAUUGGGAGCCAGCGGCACCCUUAUACUACCAUUACAUUGAUCUGUCGAAAAACGAGAUCUCAGGGAGUCUAGAAAGGUUCCUUAACCAGACAGAGUAUCUGCUUGAGUUUCGAGCAGCGGGAAACAAACUUAGAUUCGAUAUGGGGAGGUUGACGUUCGCAAAGACGCUGAAAACCUUGGAUCUGUCAAGGAAUUUGGUAUUCGGGAUGGUGCCAGAAACUGUGGCCAGUCUGCAGAGACUGAACUUGAGCCAAAACCAUCUUUGCGGAAAGCUUCCGACAACAAAGUUCCCGGUUAGCGCAUUCGCCGGCAACGACUGUCUCUGUGGCGCUCCACUCUCUCCUUGUUUACUUUAGAGGCAAGAAAACUAUAUAUUUGCAAUGUAUUUGCAUUCACCGUGACAUUUGAAGUUUGCUCCAAAAAUGAUUGGUAUUUGUAACAAAUAAAAUAGAAUUUUAAGUUCUCAAUAUUUAAUCAUUUUAAAGAUA